AGCACGCAAGAAUUUUGGCAGUAAAUUGGGAACAACAUUGUACAGACUUGGUGCUGCAUCAAAAGAAAUCCAUAGACAAGUCAAAGGACAAAAGUCUGUUAAAUUUUUAGUUCAAAUGGCUGCGAAGCUUAUUGAGAGAAUCAACUAA